CCCGCCGCAUGCUGUCCUCGAGGAAUCGACACAGCCCUGACACUCGCCCACGGACCCCUCCGACAGCCCACCUGCAGCCCGGCGCAUGCUGUUGUAGACUCGACUCUCAUCCACGCUUCUUCCGCGCCCCGCUUCACGCGUGAGCCAUGGUGACGGCUCCAGCUGUUCCUGAGAUCUUUGAGGAGGAGCUGCACUCUGCCAUCGAAGCGCGCUCUGAGACCCUUCAGACCCUCCGAGAAUUAGGCCCUCCAGAUCUCGUCCACCUCAUCAAGCAGCCAGUCAGAGAUGUCAAGAAACAGGUGGGAGUCUACCACCAUGUUACCGGAAUCGACGCGUCGUCCUCGGCCAGUCUGGCAGCCUACAUCAACACCCUGACCUUCUCACCCCACGACAAGCAACACAAGGUUGUCUCUGGCCUGUACUGCUGCUACAAUGCGUUCUCGCGACUGGAUAUGCGCGUGCAAGUGUACAUUCCUGGUACCGUGGAGAGCUACUGCAUCGACGAGCGUGGCGACAAGCGCGUCGCGACGGACGAGUUGUGGCUAGAAACGUACCUGUGCAGCGUGCUCCGCGCAUACUCAUACGCCGACGACGGUUCGGGCGACACAAUCAAGAAAAUCGUCGGCGUGCGGAGAUUCAAUCCCAUUACAAGCACCGAAAGUGAACAUAAGUUUCUGGAUGCAGCAGAGCGCUUGUUCUUCAAUGGCUGGCAACUUGGUUCCGAUCCUGAGAUCCAGGUCCCCAACCUCGUCUCGAACCACCUCACAACCGGGCUUCUUAACUACAUCCAUACCACGGGUCGAUAUGCGUCAGGAAUAAACUUGUUUGAAAAGCUGCGCACCAAGGAUCCCGAGAUAUCAUCCUUAUUAGCGAGGGUAUACAUUGAGGCCGACGAGGAGGUCAAAGCGGUACAAUUGCUGCACGAGGCCAUACAGGAUUUGCCCAUGGACUACUCACUAUUGGAUUGCCAAGCCGAAUUUUGCAACAAGAAGGGACGUGGCGACUUGGCCUUGGAGAUCGCAAAGAGAAGCGUGGUCUCCGCACCCAGCGAGUUUGGAACGUGGGCCCGCUUGGCCGAAAUCUACGUCAGUCUCGAGCAAUGGGAUCUGGCUCUGCUGACGCUCAACUCAUGUCCCAUGUUCACAUACCAGGACAAGGACGCACCGCGGAUGCCUGAGCCGCAGAGAGUCUUCUUGCCAAUCAUGCCCGAAGCAAUCUGCGACGAGAUAAUAGACAGCCCCGUAGAUGACGUCGAGCUCGUGCACCCUACACUCCGCAAGCUCCACGCCGCAGGCUUCAAGGGAACGUUCCUCAAAGCCUACAUGCUCCUCACUGAAAUCACAAAGAAGAUCGGCUGGGACCAGCUGCUCAAGAUACGGAGUCAAGUCUUCGUCAUGGAAGAAGAGUACCGCAACGAGAAGCAGACUGCACCCCACGGCCAGACCACCUCACGUAACGCGAGCGUCACCGCAUUGCGCUCGCCCUCUCCGACACCCAAGACCAAUGGCGAAGUCCAUGGCGAAGUCCAUGGCGAAGUUGAAGAAACCUCAUCUGAUGCGGAGGAGGAUGCGACAAACGGCGGUCCAUCUUCAUCUGCUCCACCUGCACUAGAAAAGCCCUCCCACACGGUCGCUUCCGAGGUCGUCAAGGCCGGCUCCGAGGACCCGCACCCUGUCACACCCUCGAAUCCCAACCAGCAAAACUACACGCACUUCCACAACAAGCGUCUGUGUGAGCGCUGGCUCGACAAUCUGUUCAUGGUACUCUACGAGGAUCUGCGCGUGUAUACGAUUUGGCGCACCGAGAUGGCACAGUACCGAUCGCAGCAGCUGCUAUACAAGAAGUCAGCCGAGGAGUGGGAGAUUCUGGGCGAGCUGGCGGAGAGACUGCAUCACGAGGAGGAGGCGAUCGAUGCGUAUGAGAACUGCUUGCAGAUGAAGUUUAGCCCGAAGGCGAUGAGGGGCGUUCUGAAGCUGGAGGAUGGGAGUGGCGGGAACGUGAGGGAUGUAUGCGGGGCGUUGAUCAGGUUGGUCACGUGGCAGUAUCGGUGGUACUCUGAGUUCUCUCCAAAUUUGCUGUACACCAUUCGCAAACUCAUCGAGGAAGAGGGCGCCGUCAAGAUUAGGAGUAUCAUCCAGGGGACCAGCCUGCCGCAGCAUGUGUUGGAUCUCACGCACCAGUAUGCGGCGUUGUGUGCUGCAUUCAGGAGCAGUGGGAGUGACGGUUGAGCGAUAUAUCAAGGUGCAGGGGGAAGCUUUACGGCCUUCGAAUGUUGCUAAUCACAUCACAACGUCCAUGUGCGGAGAGUUCUGUUCAGCGGACGAGUUGAUAGAGGGAUACCCUGGUACAUGUUUAGUAGGGUAUAAGAACGUUGUGACAUCUGCUGAGGUUUCACGAAAUGGAGCUUAGUGUCCAUUGUCAUGUCAUCGCAGCACAUUUGGCAAUCCGCUGGCCGUAGGCUGACAGUCCGUCAACUUCAUGCACAUUCCUCAUCC